UCUCUGACAGAGACUGUCGUGUUUUCCCAGCGGUUUAACCUCUGUCCAAGCAGGUCGAAGUGCCGUGUGGCCGAGAUGUUUGUCCGCCUGCUGGAGGAGAUGUGGCUGGGAAGCAGCUCCAGCUGUGCCCCUGUGGAGGCUAGGUCUGUGAUGUGCUCCAUACUCCCCCAGUUCAACAACUACUCCCAACAAGACGCCCAGGAAUUGCUGCUCUUUCUCCUCAACGCACUCGACGACGACCUCAAAAAGGUUGCAAAGCGCCCGAUGCGCUCCUCAAUACGACGGUCGAGGCGAGACCAGAACAGAAACUGUGCCACCGCAGCGAUGGAGUCCACCACCGUUGUCUCGCGUUUGUUCGAGGGCCAGCUCGGCUACAGGACCCUCUGUAUGCACUGCGGCCUCCAGACACACAGCACUCAGACCUUCACUGUACUGUCACUACCGAUUCCAACAGACAUCAUUAAGUGCUCCAUUCAGGAUUGCCUGUCACUGUUCUUCGAGCAGACUAUCCUGACCGAGGGAGAGCAGAUGCAGUGUUCGGUGUGUGGGGAGAGGAGAGAAACAACAGUCCUCACUUGUUUGGACAAACCUCCUGAAAUCCUUAUGUUGCACCUGAAACGGUUUGGUUGUAAGGGGAAGAACCAGGUGAAACUGAGGACUAACGUCGUUUUCUCCUCGAGACUCGAUCUCGCCCCGUUUCUAUCCAGCUCAGAACAGAACACCUUAUACUCUUCAUACCGCCUCUAUGCUAUUGUGAACCACACAGGUCACCUGAACAUGGGUCACUACACAGCUCUGUGUCACAACGCCUUGACUAGAUCCUGGCACUGUUUUGACGACUCAGCGGUCAGAGAGGUACGGGACAGCCUCGUUCAAUCUCCGAAUGCCUAUGUGCUGCUCUACAGCCGCAAGCCCUUUCAAAAGCCAAAGAUCCACGGACUCUGAGCUCUCCAACCAGCAGGCCAAAUCCACGAGGGGACCGAGUUUCAACUUCCUUUUUCUUGUUUUAUCCAAGCUUUUGUUUUUUUAAACUGUUGUUUUUUUCUAAUGAUCACACACGGUAUCGGUAUAGCCUCAGGAACGACGAGACUAGAACAUAACAGGAGGGUUUCAUUCAGCCGUUAGCCGAUUUAUCCUAAAAGAAAAGUCACACAAACAGUAAUUUGAAGCAGUUUUAAUAAAUAGUCAUGAGUUGUAGGAGGUUAAUAUAAUUGUUAUAUCUGAAAGACCAUUAAGAAAUAAAAUCAACAUGUACAAGUAAAAAGAAAACAGAUUAUGAUCUCAUGCUUGGCAAUAAAACUUUACUUAAGAAGUCAAAUCCUGUCGCCUCAGAUCUCUGGUCCGUUCAGAAGAUACAUCGGUACACUUUGUGCUUGCUCAUGUCAGUCAGUCAGGCAGCAAAUGUUGACGCUUCUGUAAGCGAAUAAGGUCAAUUUCUCAAGUCUUCAUAUUCUCCCGGGUCAGUACUGAACACAGAAACAAAAUAAAUCAGAUAAAUCUAAAUUACAGCCUCCUGGAAACUUUCACAACCAGCAGCACUGAUGUAAGCCGAGAAGGAUGCCAAGUUAUCCCAGUAGUUUGUCCUCUAAAUAGUUUUUGUGUUUGAAUAUAAUAAUGUAAAGAGUUACGUAUGUUUAACAGAGAACACAUUUUACAACAACCUUUAUAGAAGCAGGUAACAGCAAGACAGCCGAGCUCUCAGCAUCAGUAUAGUUUUAAAGCGUUCCGAGUCGAGUAUUAAUGUCUGCUGUUCAACAAAGUGCUCUACAUAAACAACUUAAAUUGAUUGUAUAAUGUGUGAGUGCAACAAUGUGGCUAAUAUGAACACGCAACACUCUCCGGUCCCUCCUCUCUUAAGGAAGAAUGCAAAAGUCAACGCUCACGGUCUCCUCCAUCCCCUUUAACAUCAUGUUAAACAACAGAAGUCUAUCGAGUUCAACCCCUAAAACACAGUCUGUCGUUAUGAAUAUGGUGAUACUAUGAUGGCUGCUACGUUCAAAGAAAAAAUUCUAAUUUGGUCACUUAACAGAUUAACAC